CGAACGAAGGCCAUCAAUGCCUCAAGUAGAACCACCAAGAAGGUCAUCCAAGGCUGAAGUAGAAGCUUCCAGAAGACCAUCCAUGGCUCAAGUAGAAGCUCCCAGAAGAUCAUCUAAGGCUCAAGUAGAAGCUUCCAGAAGAUCAUCCAAGGCUCAAGUAGAACCACCCAGAAGACCAUCCAAAGCACAAGUAGAUGCUUCCAGAAGACCAUCGAGGGCUCAAGUAGAACCACCCAGAAGACCAUCCAAGGCACAAGCAGAUGCUACCAGAAGGUCAUCCAAGGCUCAAGUAGAGGCUGCUGGGCAACCAAGGCCAUCCACUUCACACGUUGAUCCACAACAGUACGUGAGCGCGCCCCAGCAAGCGAGACGAGCAUCCAACAAAUUCUUUAGUGUGAUGGAAAUCGUCAACUACAUGGACAAUAUCCGGAAGCUCGACGAGCCACGGUCGUCAAUUUCCUCCCCAUCUUCGCGAAAUCGCGGCUGGUAUUUGAAGCGAUGCUGUGUAUGUCUGUUACUGCUCGUGAGCAUGCUCACCAUCGCCCUAGCCAUCUACAUAGUUACCGGACCUGCUGGGAGGUGGUUUACGAUCUCCGAGGAGACGACAACUCCUACCGAACCACAUUAUGUGCCACCGAAGGGACGGAGGGGUGUAAGCAACAUUGAGGAGGUUGAAACCUCUGUUUCGACGAACGUGGCCACAAUUCCAGAGGAAGUUCCGACCGAGUGUGAAAUGAACGCCACCAUGGACCACUGCCCGUCAAAUGUCCGGCAUAGCACCACCUGGUACGUCUGUCCUGGAAACGGCAGACUUUGCCAACCGGCCUGGAAACCUGCCGGCCGAUGCCUCGGCCCCCGCGGCCCGAGGUUCUCCACACAGAAGCUCUGUGAGCGUCAUUGUUUCAAGAAGGGAGAUCCAUGCCAAAUCGGUCCGGAAAGUUGUCCCUGCAAGGAGGACUACCGCGUCUUCAACUACGUGCACACGAAGGACAAGGGUUGCAUCCCCCUGGACAAAGGACGGUGCUUGGUUAAGGAUAUCCGAGGCUACAGAUCCAAGGCCGACUGUCUUAGGCGUUGCCAAGGACGGACGUCGAGUGGAGCUUUCUGUGACCUCGAAGGAGUGAAUGCCGGACUAUGCACGUGGCGACACAAGAUUUACCAAUUCUACUUCGACGUCGAGAAAAAAUCUUGCUUGGCGUGGAACGACGACAUUUGCCAGCCUAAUGCUUUUUCCAGUAUCGAACUCUGCAUGCAGAUGUGCAACUAGCCACUGAGUCACUCCCUAUGCAACAUAAUGAACUUGUAUAUAGUGACUAGUGCGCUUCUGAAUAGAUAGUAAAGAUGUGUAUAGAAGAGUGCGGCAACACUGGAAUGCUGGGUUUCGUAUAAUACGUGCGUUAGUCAACUUGCUUUUCAUUUCCGUACAAAGCGUACUACCACGCAGAGU